AACGGAUCCGCAGCUCGAGUCCGUAGCAGCUCCUGGCUGCAUUGACCUGCAGGAUGUCCGCAUCGCCAAUGGAUCUUGAUGUGGACCUGGGUCCCAUGCCCAAGGAGGGUGAACAUUUCCUGCAGCAAGGCCUCCGCGGGCUCUUGCAGAGUCAAGAACUUUGCGAUGUGGCCCUGGUCUCUUCAGGUGGGGCGGCAUUCCCGGCACAUCGUGCGGUCUUGGCGGCCAGCAGUCCUCAGCUGAGGGCGCGAGUGGCCAUGUUGGACUACAAAAUCCAGGUGGAUGGCCUUCCAGCUUUACAGCUCGAUGUGCAGCAUUCCGAGGCAGUGAAAGCCCUAAUUGAUUGCGUCUAUGGCACGGGCGAAAACUGUGAUGGGUGCUACAAUCCAAGUUCGGAGGAAGCGAAUCGUGACGUGCUGGCACUGGCGCGGAACUUUGAGUUGUCUGCACUCGAAGACCGUGCAUCGCGUUGGUUGGCACGCAACCUGACGACAGCGAAUCUGUUAGAUCGAGUUUCAACCUGUGAGAGGUUUGGCCUAAACGAUGUGAAGGACAAAAUCCUUGAGCAGUUGACGGCCAACACCGAUGUCUUGUAUGAGUUGGUCAGCGACCCGUCAGUGCGAUCUGUGCCUGGGGUCUUGCAAGACCUACUCCUGAGAGUACUUCAACUAUUAGGAUGUGGCCCACCAGUGAGCCACCAGGUGCCACCAAAUCAACCAGGAGGUAGUGCGGCCACCAAAGAUCAGCCAAUCCAGGCUGACGCUUGAUGCAGCUGUGAGUGCUGCCUGCUGUGAUUCUUGUCGCUGCAGAGAGAUUGGGGUGCUUGUGGAUGGUUGUGGAUGGUUAUCCCAGAGCUCGUUCACUGCCAGACACAGAUGGUUAUGAG